ACCAAUGCGGUGCUGAAAUGCGAGGCGGGUCCUCCCUCCGCUGCUCAGUCUCUGAGCCCGAAAGUAGUUGGGAGUCCAAGUGUUGGACAAACGCAAGUGGGAGAGCGGCACAGCAGCAACGGCGGCGCUCUCAGGUCCGGGCUAGCCAUAGCACCCGUCGCCUCCGACGCCUUCUGCCCCGGGAGACAGCGCAGGCUCCCGCUGGAUGGCACGGGUGGUCUCGGGUGAGCCUUAUCCCGGGGCCAUGGGGGCUGGAGUCUGGGGCAGCGGCUGGACUUGGAGCCGGCAGAUGCUGCUGCUCCUAGUGACUUCUUGCCUAGAGCCGGCGGCCGGCCAGCUGCGCUACUCGGUCGCCGAGGAGCUGGAGCACGGCGCCUUCGUGGCUAACAUCGCCGAGGACCUGGGUCUGGACGUGUCCAAGCUGUCGACGCGGCGGUUCCGCAUCGUGUCCCGGGCCGGCACCAAGCAGCAUCUGGAGGUGAACUUGGAGAACGGGAUCCUCUUCGUCAACGAGAAGAUCGACCGCGAGGAGGUGUGCGAGGCCGGCGGGGCCUGCCUGCUGCACCUGCAGCUGGUGAUCGAGAGCCCACUGGCGCUGUACCGCGUGGAGGUGGAGGUGCUGGACAUCAACGACAACGCGCCCAGCUUCCCCUGGCCGGAGUACGUGCUGGAGGUGACCGAGUCGGCGCUGCCCGGCGCCCGCUUCCCGCUGGAGAGCGCGCAGGACCCGGACGUGGGCACCAACUCCCUGCGCACCUACCUGCUCAGCUCCAACGGCUUCUUCUCGCUCGAGGUGCAGACUCGCAGCGACGGCAGCAAGUUCGCCGAGCUGGUGCUGGAGCGAGCCCUGGAUCGCGAGCAGCAGCGCAGCCACCGCCUGCUGCUCACCGCCCUGGACGGCGGCCUCCCGGAGCGGUCGGGCACCGCCGGAAUCCUCGUCACCGUGCUGGACGCCAACGACAACGUGCCGGCCUUCGACCAGCCCUCGUAUGGGGUGAGCCUGCCCGAGGACGCGCCCCCAGGCACGCUGGUCAUCAAGCUCAACGCCACGGACCUGGACGAGGGCACGAACGGCGAGAUCGAGUACUCCUUCAGCGGCCACGCGCCGCCCCGGGUGCGCCAGCUCUUCUGCGUGGAGCCGCGCAGCGGCCAAGUGCGCCUGGCCGGCCCGCUGGACUACGAGCGCGCGCGCCUGCACGAGCUCUACGUGCAGGCCAAGGACCGCGGCCCCUCGGCGGUGGCCGUGCACUGCCGGGUGCUGGUGCACCUGCUCGACGUCAACGACAACGCGCCGGAGGUGAGCCUCACCUCGGUUUCCACGCCGGUGUUGGAGGACGCGCCGCCGGGCACCGUGAUCGCCGUGAUCAGCGUGCUGGACCGCGACUCCGGGGACAACGGGCAGGUGAGCUGCGAGAUCCCCCGCAACGUGCCCUUCCAGCUCCAGGCCGCCUUCCGCAACUACUACACGCUGGUCACCACCGCGGCGCUGGACCGCGAGGCCGCGCCCGAGUACAACCUCAGCAUCACGGCGCGGGACAUGGGCUCGCCCGCGCUGCUCACCAGGAAGACCCUGACCGUCCAGGUGUCGGACAUCAACGACAACGCGCCCCGCUUCCUGCAGCCCUCCUACAGCGUCUAUGUGCUGGAGAACAACGCCCCGGGCGCCUCCAUCUGCUCGGUCAGCGCCGUGGACCCAGACUGCCGGCAGAACGCCUACCUGUCCUACUCCAUCGCCGAGGGGCACAUCCAGGGCAUGCCCGUGGCCACCUAUGUCUCCAUCAACUCGGAUAGCGGGCACAUGUACGCGCUGCGCUCGCUGGACUACGAGCAGAUCCGCAACUUCCAGGUGCAGGUGCAGGCGCAGGACGCGGGCUUCCCCCCGCUCAGCAGCAAUGUCACCGUCAACGUCUUCAUCCUGGACCAGAAUGACAACGCGCCGGUCAUCGUCUCGCCCGUGCCCCGCAAUGGCUCGCUUGCCACAGAGGUGGUGCCCCGCUCGGCCGACCCCGGCUACCUGGUGGGAAAGGUGUCAGCCAUAGAUGCGGACUCCGGGCAGAAUUCCCGGCUCUCCUACCAGAUCCUGCAGGCCACUGACCCCAGCCUCUUCAGCGUGGCCCUGUACACUGGCGAGCUCCGCACCAUCCGAGCCUUCCUGGACAAAGAUGCCACCAGGCAGCGCUUGGUCAUCCAGGUGCGGGACAACGGGCAGCCGCCGCUCUCUGCCUCUGUAUCCCUGCUGCUGUCCGUGGUGGAAAGCAUGCCCGAGACCCUGUCCGAUUUCAACGAGCUCUCCCUAAACCCCGAACUCUCCUCCUCCACGCUCACCCUCUACCUCAUCGUCUCCCUGGGCUCCGUGUCUUUCACCUUUCUGGUGGCCAUCAUCAUCCUCACGGCCAUCAAGUGCCACAAGGACCGGCACUCUCUGCAUGGCUAUGGCUGCUCCCUCCCCACCUGCUGCUGCGUGAGGACCAGGGCCUCGGCCGAGGUCUUCAAAAAUUCCAACAUCAAGCCCCAGCUCUCCUCGGGCAACAAAGUGCCCACCAACUGCCUGGACGUGGCGGGCAGCGGCCCUCCAGGCUACUGCUACAAAGUCUGCUUGACCCCGGAGUCCGCCAAAAGCGACUUCAUGUUUCUAAAGCCCUACAGCCCGAGUCCGCAGAGGAACAACGAGAAAGCCGCCGAGGACUUACCAGGGCCGGGCAGGAAGGCCCGAGAGGCCAAUAACACCGUCAGUGCCGCCAGCCAGAUCAAACAGCCCAAUGUGGACUGGCUGCCUACAAAAACCCAGCGAUCAGCCCUGAAAAGUUCGCAGAGUCUGGAGGACGUAGCGGGAAUCCGCAGAGGAGUCCAGAAAGAGCACGACAGGCUGCGUACCCUGGUCACUCCAGUCUCUGAAUUCCAGAAGGCAUCCGGGACCUCCAACAGCAUUUGGACCCCCAGGUACGGCCCCCUGUACCCGCCGCACAUCCCACCUCUGGAUUACCAGCACAACGUUUACAUACCAGGGACCCCAACCAUGCUGAAAAACAAGGAGGGGCCACACUGCCUGGAACCGGAGGACAAGAACAGCUUCUCCACUUUUGGGAAGAGGAAGCAAAUGGCCACCUAUUGCGAUAUAGGUGACAGCAUGAUUAUCAACAAUGACUUAAAAUAAUGGCUGCCGGAGCAGAGCGCUGGGCCAGGGCAGCUCUGUCCAUGUUCCUGGUGAAGCUGAGAUGGGGACAGUUGCCUUUUCCAGCCUGCAGCUUUCAUAAAAUGCAAGAAGCUGUGGGUCCUUCUAUAGGAAGUGCCCUCCUUGCUAAUCGGCUGAACCGUGUGAUGCAUUGCCUGCAGCCUAGGUACCUAUUAUUGUAAUUAACCAAGUCCAGUCUCCGGCCUGCGGCUGAACAGAAAGGGAGAUGGAUUUGCAGCACUUGACCCGAGAGAAGGAAUGAAACGGGAGAUUGGAUGAACGACAUUAAGAUUCUUCCCAUGUCAUUCUGCAGGGGCGGUAACUGGUCUAUGUAUUAGUGGGUACAUGACCGUUUAGUAGUAGGUGAGAGGAUUACAGAAAGGAUUUGCCUUGUGUUAAACACAUCCCCAUGCAGACUUAUUCUGGGGGCCGGAAGUCCGAGUAGCCCUCGGCCAUGUCUCGCGCAUUUCAAGAAGCCUUUAGCAAGCUCAAUUUUGUAACUAUUGUAACUUCUUUCCUCGUGCGGCUCUUUGAAUGUAUCAAGUACACGUGUAUGUUUCUGACUGUUUAAUGCACUGGAAUAGCUGAAAAAUGCCAUGUUAAAAUCAAGAGGGCUGGGAGAGCUACUGGGGUUAAAGCAAACAUAUAUAGUACCUGCGGGAGAACUCUCUUUCCAUAAAUUAAGGAAUUAUGGAAUAAUAAUUUAUUAGACUUGGAUCUCAGAUCUGUCACAAGAGAGAGACAUGAAGGCAGGGCACAGCAUGCUAAAACCAGCCUAUUGUUUCUGGCCUCACUGACAGUUAAAAACCAUAACUAAACAACUGCCAGGUUUUGUAAUUUUUGAUCCGCUCAUCUGAAACGCAAAUCUCAUCUGGUAAGGCUGUUUUUUAUUAUUAAAAUUAUAACUGAAAGUUUCCAGGAUCUAAGAGUUCUUAAAGCGAGAGUUUAUGGGCAAGUCUCGAGUUCCCAGGCGUGGAAGGGACCCACACUUCCUCCUCUUUGUGGUCUGUGAUGUGGAAGGGGGGUAGAGACUGGGCAGCCAGGGGACGCACAGAGUGGGGCUAGAUCAUCUUUUCUACUUAGCCUCCCUCAGGAAUCUCAGGAGUACUGAAGGCAGAGACCCUGGUUAUGGUACCACGAUCUUAAUGAAGCCAAGUUGCCAUGUAGCCGGGGAUCCCGCAUAGGAGUCAGACAUGGUACAGGGGCUCAAUCUUCUACGUGGAUGGCGUUGGCCUCCUGCAAGCCCCUGGAAUCCUCUAUGUUUAGGGUAAGGUUCUGCUGUCUUUUCCACCAAUAACAGCCCCCUUGGUGAUGACUGUGGGGUGGAUCUCAGCGAGAUUUCCUUCUCCAGAGCCCACUCUUGUUUUUUUCCCUCUAUGGGAAGUGUAAAAAAAUAAGCUCCCCCUUUUGAUUAGUGAGCAGAAGGCUGGGACCCAUCUUUAGAUGGGGUGAUGAUCUCCUGCACACAAGCACAUCACUGCUCUAGCUGCCCUGACAGAUCAAAGAGAAGUUUUCACUCCACCCCACGUUGCUUUUUAAGGCAUUAAACACACAAUCAGGCAGAAUCCCAAAUAAAAAAAUAGGUCUGCCCACCUCCUACAAACUCCUGUGUUAGUUGUACUCACCCUAGAGUCCGAAGAGUAUAUUUCCUUUGAGAAACUCAACCGAAGAUGAUUGUCCAUCACCACGGAGAAAGUCCAAGCUCGUUCUAAUUUGCUAUGCAGGUGGGAGUUGGGACACAGCUCAGAUCCGGUGAUCCUAGUUUUCGCUUGCUUGGGACUAGCCCCCAAGAGCCCAAAUGUCUCUGAAUCUGAAUCUUCUCUUUGUUGACAGAUUUGAACUGACAGACCUAUUUAAAAUAACGCAGAGAAACAAUUUUCCUGGAGAGCUACUGUUGGUCUGUGGGCAUGGAAACCGUAUGGAGAAGUGUGCCAGAGUCACAGAAGGAAGAUUGCUCGGCUUUUGAAUUACAGCUAAUUUCGAACAAUACAUGCAGUGCAUGAGAAAUCCCCUUUCAACAAGUAGUGUUUGUUUCACAGUGUUUGCUUUAUACCAAUAAAAUUGUAUUUUAAUAGCUCAGACAGCUCCAUGGCUUUUCUGAUGGGCAACAAGCAGCAGCCACACUGACAACGUUUUCUCCGAUGGUUUUGUUUUUCACCUUUCAUUGGGCAGAAUAUUAUCAUCGCCUCUGAACAGAGACUUGGCCAAAGCUUGCUGGAGAUCUUUUAAAGCUCUGUAACUUGCCGUAAUUACCAUAUUGCAUGCUAGCAAUAUUAAAAUGCUUCAUCUUGUCAUUUCCAUGGAAGAAGUUAUAUCCCUUGCUUUCCUUUUAAAAUCUCUGCUGUGUGCACUAUUGCAUUCCUCACCUGUACGGCUUCCUUUCAGCGAUGUCUGAAGUAUCCCUGUACAUUCUUUGCCGGACUCUUGGCCCCUUUGAACCACUUCAAUGGUAAAUUGGGGGCCCUCAAGCUUGAUUCACCAGCUCCCUGAGGAUUCCGUCAGCGUUGGGGGAACAAGUAGGUGGACUAGCCAUUCUCUGCGACCCCUCUUUUGGCCCUGGGGAGAAAGGAGGCGUGGUUGGAGCAGCUGCAGGUCCUGGAGAUCCCCAGCUGGCAGAACAACCCCACGAGGCUGUUCUAAGUGGCACAGGUUAUCAAGGUAUCUCCCUGCCCCUCUCAGGGUUAGGGCGCCGCAAAGGUUGCAGAAAGUUGCAUUUGCUCACCUGCCCAGGCGCCGAUCCUACAAUAACAGGUCUAGCUGUUAGAGCCUGGACAGCGUCAGUGCAACUUUCCCAAACACAGAAGUCAGACUGAGGGGGGAGGGAAGGGGAGCGAGGGUAAUCAGGUACUCUCCUCCCAAGCUCCAACCACAACCCACAUUCCACCUGCUUGUGAGCCCCAAAAGAGAGGAUGCCCACUGUUAGACGGGGCAGAUUUUCAUCACUUGAUCUUCCCGCUUUCUCCCAUGAUUGAUCAGCAAUGAUUUUUUAACAACGUUGACACUAAAUGGUCAUAAUUAGGCUUUAGAACUAACGCUUAGUGGAAAUGAAUUGAGUCAGUCAUUGUCUUCUCUGCCGAGUCUGCCAGCUGUGGGCUAACCAGUGCCAAUUCUACAGAUGGUUUUGGGGAUGUAGAUGAUACUUAUCUGUUCAGAAAUGGACGGAGAUCACCAAGUCACUGAUUCAUAGGGGCCACUAAACAGUGGCCAGGAGGUAAUCCUCGAGGUGAAGCAUGAUCUUGCAAUUAAGGAAAGCAGGCUUCCAACUCGGGAGACCUAACUUCUAUCCACAUUCCAGCCACAUGAUCUUAGGUAAAAUAAUAAAAAAAAAAUAGUAAAAAAUCACUCUGUGCUUCAAAACGAGGCUAAUGAUAUUGCCUUAUUUCAUAAGGGAGCUGUGAGGUUUCAGUCACUUAAUAUUUAUAAAGGGCUUUGAGAUCUUCAAAGAGAAAGUGUUUUAGAUGUUUUAUUAUUAAUUAUUUUUGGUCACUAUUAAUUUUUGCCAGAUUCAGAGCAGGUUCUAGAAAUGAAAUCUUCAUAUUCAAAUUUUACAGUUUGGCAUAUAAUUUUGUGGUCAUAAAGGGAUGGUUUCGUGGCCUAUGAAGAAUGUUAAGGAAAAACAAAGAAACUCCAGGAAGAAGCUACAGUCUUACAACCUCAUAUGAGAUUAGAUGGUUUACAGAAACCUGAUUGCUGCCAAAAGUAAUACAAUCAAGAAGCAAGAACUCCAUUACAUUGACUUAAUUCCCUAUAAGACUUAGUGGAUAUGUGCCAAUUUCGGGGGUGCAAUGAGGGGUUUUGUCACUGCCUGCCUUGUAAUCUCGAGUGCUUCAAAAUGCUCUGCUACUGUAGUGCUCUUGACUGGAUGUUUCUAGCCAGCAUAAAAACAUACUCUCAGUGUCUGUGUUUUAAGCCCUGUUUCAGUUUUCUGUUCCCUACAGCCUGCCUACAACACAGCAGCCCCAGCAUGGUUACACCUGGCAAGAUGACCCCAAUGCGUCAGAGUCCUGAAUUUUCCCAAAACUGUGGUAUCUGCAAAGUGGAGCCCUCCCCUGGAUCAUCAGAGAGAUAUUAAGGUUCUUUUGUUCCUUAUGAAGAUACAAUAUCCAGCAUUACCACAUGAACUGGAGUUAACGUUCACUUUAAAUCAAACACAGUUCUGGCUUGUUUUGAUGAAAAGUAAAUCAAGUUUAUUAACAAAAAGAAGAUAGGAUUUUAAGUGAGUUCAAGUAGAAGGAGAAGAGUUAGAACUGGUUACAAGCAAAUACAAGUGAAAAGUCCUUUCUAGGAUGCUAAGACUUAACAAAACAAGCUACAACCUUUGUUCAAGGUAGUUUCUUUACCAAUCUACCUCCCAGCAAGAUGGCUGACCACUCCCCACCCCCAUCAAGCUCUCCCACAAAGUCCAGAGUACUUGGUUCAAUUGUCUUCUUAGGUGAAAGAUCACUUGUGGUUUUCUGUCCCUCCCUUUUUUUAAUCCUCUGAGCCUUUGAAAUGGAUUCUUCUGGAGGUUACCCCCUAAAGUAAAGUUCAUUCAAGCCAGGAGGAAGAUGACAGAAGUUCCACGAUGGUUUCUUCCCCUGCUUGUUUGUUAAAAUGCAAAUCAAUCUGUUUCCUGCAAUCUCCUUUCCCUUUUGACCUUCCUAUGUAAUUUACAUUCCCCUUGUCUCUUAAUGUUCCUUGGAAAUACCUUCCAAGUGGCAGAACCACAUUCCUUUGUCCAGGGUGGAGUUAUUUUAGCCAAAGGCACAUUGAUUUUGAAUUGUCCCAAUACUAGGAGUUCUGCACCCUCCCCGGGGGGCAGGUCUGCCUGUUAACCCAUGCUUUGUCUAACUAGAGAAAUUUAAGUCGCAGUAUCUCUCUUUCGCAUGCAUUCUUUACCAUUCACCCUGGCAGCUUUAAUAAAUCCCAUGUCCAUUCCCAACAGGUCAGAGCUCACAAAAUUAAUCAGAGGAUCUGCAGGUACCUCUUAGGAUCCUGUGUUAAAUUCUGUUGCAUUAACUUGGGCUGUACUGUGUGUGGACUUAGCUUCUUUCCGUUUAGGGCAGUCCCUCAGGUGUUCAGUGGACUCAUGGGUGAAACACCUUCUUGAACUGUUCUUGAACUUCUGGGUGUCACCCAGAAGCACAGCACAAGUUUGAAAUGCAAACAUACAUAUCUAUAACUCAUAGUGCAAAGAAGAUAUGGACAUAUAAACAAGAUUAUCAUAUCUGGCAAAUUAUAACAUUUUUGCAGAUAUCUUGCAUGGCAUAUCUGGCUGUGACUGGUGUCCUGUGGGGAUAGUUAUGGUCACUCAAUUAGGGUGAACUGCAAAGAAUGGGGCAGACAAUCCCGGUGAAGCUAGUGGAUAGUCCAAUACUUAUAACUUCACAUACAAAAAUGAUACAUGCAUACAGAUAGUAUAAUCAU